AUGACUACUUUUCCACUGCCCGGCAUACAACAUGGCAAUCGCAUUCUGAUCUCGGUUAUUGAACAGCGAGCGAAGAACGAUUCAGACAGCUCCUGGGUCUCGGUACCAAUAGACAACAAUGACCUAUCUCAAGGAUAUAAAGAGAUCACCUUCGCAGAGUUCAACAACGCAGUCGACCAUGCCGUUCACUGGUUGCAGCAAAACCUACCUGCGUCAGAUGAGCCAUUCCAAUCGUUCGCAUAUGCAGGUCCCAAGGACCUUCGCUAUCCCAUUAUUGCUGCUGCGGCAGGAAAGCUGCAGAAAGUGAUGGUGCUCCCAUCACCUCUGAUUCCGCCGGUAGCCCAGCGUUUGAUUCUGAGCAAGACACAAUGUCAGGUCUAUAUCAGACCGUCAAGUAUGGCGCCGGUAGUUGGUGCUAUUUUGGAGCAUGCACCCAAUAUUCAGCAGAUCACAGCUCCUGAACUUGAAAUCCUACUACAAGAGACUGCUGCUGAGCCUUAUGUGUACCCCAAAUCCUGGGAAGAAGGAAAGAAUGAUCCUUGGAUGGUGUUUCAUACCUCUGGCACAACAGGAUACCCCAAACCCAUUACCUAUACUCACCAGAUGGCGGCUGCCUUUGACCUGGCUGCGUCUCUGCCGGACAUUGAUGAAGGCUUGUUGCACCACGGUCCUAUGAGACGUUGGUAUACACCCCUACCAUCUUUACACCUGGUAGGAAUGAUGUUGGUUCUCUCCAUGACCACAUAUCUUCACGCAACCAUCGUUGUCGGCCCAUCUGCACCACCUACCCCCGAUAUCGUCGUCGAUAUCCUCAAAUAUGGCCGCGUCGACAGUGCACUACUGACUCCGGCUCUAAUCGACCAAAUGUGCUUCAACGACCGAGCCCUCUCGGCAUUGAGGAACCUCAAAGUGCUCAAUUAUGCCGGAGCUCCUCUCUCACGAAAGUCAGGCGACCUCCUUGCUCCUCACGUCCAGGUCGUUCCCGUCAUCGGCAGCACCGAGGUGGGAGGCUACUUCACCAGGUUCCGUCGUGACGACAAGGACUGGGAUUACAUCGAAUUCCAGAAACAUGCAGGGGCGGUCUUUGAGCCCCGCUCGGGAGACCUCCAUGAACUCGUUUUUGUUCGUCAGCCCGAAUGUAAAAUGCAGCAUAUAUUUCUCCUUUAUCCGGACCGCGACCGAUUCGAGACGAACGAUCUGUGGAUCGAGCAUCCAACGCGCAAAGGGUUGUGGAAGAUCGUCGGGCGCAUGGAUGACUAUGUUUCUCUCUCCCAUGGUGAUGGUCUCUACGCUUCAUCGCUGGAGCCGGAGAUAGAACAGCAUCCGAAGGUGAAAGCGGCACUGAUAGGGGGUCACGGACGACCACUGCCGGUGCUUCUGGUGGAAAUGCAUGACCAGGACGAAGCGGUAUCACAUGCUGGUCGUCAAGCGAUGAUCGAGAGCCUACAGCCCCAUAUUGACAAAGUCAACGAGCACUGCCAUGAGUGCGUGAAGCUGAGUCCUGAGCGUCUGAUCUUCGCCAGUGUAGACAGGCCCUUCAUUCGGACAGUCAAGGGCAGUGUGGCACGUUUGGCGAGUCUGGAGCUUUACAAAAAGGAAAUUUCGGGGUUAUUUGAAAAUAAUUAA